GAUUUUCAUUGUGGUGCAGUCUUAUCACUAUAAAAGCGUUGUGAUUACAAUCAGUGAAACAUUGCCAUUGUUUUAGAGAGCAAAAAGAAAUAUCUCAACCUUUUUUUUGUGUGGUUGGAAGAAGAUCAUUAUUCAUGGAGAGUACACUGAAGGCCUUGAGAGAGGGUGAGUCAGUGCUUGAUCUCAGCCCAAGAUCCACCGUUAGUGGCGGCGUUGAGGAUGUCUACGGCGAGGAUCGUGCCACCGAGGACCAGCUUGUCACCCCAUGGUCUUUCUCAGUAGCCAGUGGAUACACUUUGCUGAGGGAUCCACAAUACAACAAAGGACUUGCUUUCACUGAGAAAGAGAGGGAUGCACAUUAUCUCCGUGGACUCUUGCCUCCUACAGUUGUCUCCCAGCAACUUCAGGGGAAACAGCUGAUGAACAACAUCAGACAAUAUCAGGUCCCUUUACAAAAAUACAUGGCUAUGAUGGAACUUCAGGAAACAAAUGAAAGGCUGUUUUACAAGCUUCUUGUUGACAAUGUAGAGGAACUGCUCCCAAUUGUGUAUACUCCCACCGUCGGCGAGGCUUGCCAGAAAUAUGGGAGCAUCUUCAAGCGUCCUCAGGGUCUUUACAUAAGUUUGAAAGAGAAGGGCAAGAUCCUUGAGGUACUGAAAAAUUGGCCUGAGAGGAGUAUUCAAGUUAUUGUUGUCACAGAUGGCGAGCGAAUUUUAGGACUCGGAGACCUUGGAUGUCAGGGAAUGGGAAUUCCUGUUGGAAAAUUGGCUUUGUACACAGCACUAGGAGGCCUUCGUCCAUCAGCAUGUUUGCCUAUCACAAUUGAUGUUGGGACAAACAAUGAGAAUUUGCUGAACGACGAGUGUUACAUCGGACUUCGACAGAAAAGAGCAACUGGGCAGGCAUAUUCUGAACUUCUGAGUGAGUUCAUGGCUGCUGUAAAACAAAACUAUGGCGAAAAAGUUCUUGUACAGUUUGAAGAUUUUGCAAAUCACAAUGCUUUCGAGUUGCUUGCGAAAUACGGCACAUCUCAUCUAGUCUUCAAUGAUGAUAUUCAGGGGACUGCAUCUGUUGUUCUUGCCGGGGUCGUGGCAGCAUUGAAGCUGAUUGGUGGAACUUUGGCCGACCACACUUUCCUGUUCCUCGGUGCCGGCGAGGCAGGAACUGGAAUAGCAGAACUUAUAGCUCUUGAGAUGUCAAAGCAGACAAAGAAACCGAUAGAGGAAACUCGCAAGAAGAUAUGGCUUGUAGACUCAAAGGGAUUAAUUGUUGGUUCAAGACAGAACUCGCUUCAACACUUCAAGAAGCCUUGGGCUCAUGAUCAUGAGCCAGUUGGAACUCUCUUAGAAGCUGUUAAGGUAAUCAAGCCUACAGUUUUGAUUGGAUCAUCAGGAGUUGGAAAAACAUUCACAAAGGAAGUCAUUGAAGCUGUGUCUUCAAUCAAUGAAAAACCUCUUGUUAUGGCCCUCUCGAAUCCAACUUCGCAAUCCGAGUGCACAGCCGAAGAGGCUUACCAAUGGAGUGAGGGCCGUGCGAUUUUUGCUAGUGGGAGUCCAUUUGAUCCUUUUGAGUACGAAGGAAAAGUUUACUACUCCGGCCAGGCGAACAAUGCUUACAUCUUCCCUGGCUUUGGUUUGGGGUUGGUGAUCUCCGGAGCGAUCCGAGUACAUGAUGAUAUGCUUCUGGCAGCAUCGGAAGCGUUGGCUAAACUAGUGGCAGAGGAGGACUACAAGAAGGGUUUGAUUUACCCGCCAUUUUCUAACAUAAGAACAAUUUCGGCUAAUAUAGCUGCAAAUGUUGCUGCCAAGGCAUAUGAACUAGGGUUGGCAACACGCCUUCCUCGUCCUGAGAAUCUUGUGAAGUAUGCAGAGAGCUGCAUGUAUACCCCAACAUACCGCAACUACAGGUGAUCAUGGCCCAAGUUACUAUAUAUUGACCUUGGUGGUAAGAAUCACAAAUAUUAAUUAAUUAAUAAACAUAAUAUGUCUGGCUAUAUGUGUUGUUUGAUGUAGCUUAAGCAAGAGUAAGGGUUUGUAUGGUUUUAGCAUGAAGUCAUGAACAAAUAAGUGCCUUGUAUUCUUGGUUACACAUCCUUGUUUCAUCUCAUGUAAUGUAAUGUCAAUGCAAAUUGCAAAAUAUAUAAUAUAUAAAUCUUGUGCUUAUGCAAGAAUUUUUCCA